AGUCGACAGCAGUGCCUGUCAACUGAAAAGGAAACACGCAGAAACUGAGUAUAAAAUGCUUUAUACAAAUAAAGAAUUUUAGGACAGAAAGUGAAUUUUAAACCAAGUGAUAUUACAUUGCAAUGUAUCUGGCUAGAUUAAAGUUUAAAGCUCCCCAAUUUUAUAAAUUUGAAAUAUUUUAGAAAUGUAAGAAAGAAAAACAGUAUCAUUAGUGAAGAUUCAGUGUCAGAAAGUUUCUCUUGGAACGUUGUUCUCUAAAUAAUGAAGAUGACAUUAAUGUUAACACUUGAAAAGUUGAGUUCUUAAACACAACUCAGUGCUUAUAACAAUAAUGUUACAGUUUUGGAAGAAAACUAGUAAAAAAGAAAAGACUCAUCAGCAAUCAGUGAAUCAAAAUGUUAAUGGAGUUCCUCUACCAGUAGGGGUGUUUCUUCCAACAUUUUCAGAUUCAAAUUUAGAAGGUCCUCUUGCCAAUUUUCAGCAUGAUGGAUACACGGAUACACCCCCACCUCACCGGUCUCGGUUGUCUAUAACUCUAUCAGAAGUUUUGCAUGACCGGAUGGCUCUACUAUACUUCUCCCAGUUCGUGGAGUUGCGUGGUUAUUCCCUGCUGCUGAACCUCUGGCUGGAUCUACAGGUGCUACGUGGACAGUCUCUGAACGGUGCCGGUGACGGUGUUGGUGAGCGGACGUGUGCGUUGCGUAGUGUCAGUGACAGUGUGACUCCUCUUACGCGACAGAAAGUGUGCCAACGAUAUCUGACAGAAGAUCUAGUUCAGCGGUACAGGUUCCCGGAGGACCUGUGUGCAAGGUUUGAGGCCACCAAACAAGAGACUGCAGAUGAUCCAGCAUUCCAACAGUUGCAGGACUUUGUGUACCAAACCAUGAGAAGAGAGCUGUGGCACGACUUUCUACGCAGCGAGUUCUUCUCCAAGUUCCAGGUAGAGGUGUUGACGAGUGGUGGAGUGACACUCAGUGAUAUCCUGUACCACUCAGCUGCGCUCAAUGCAUUCACCGAGUUCCUGGACCAGGAGGGUUGCCGGAGUGUGGUGGAGUUUUGGUUGACCGCCACCGCCUUCCAGAGCCAGCUGAGGCCUGACAGUGACCCCACCGCCUCUCAGAACGAAGCAAUCAACAUAUACGAUAAGUACCUGUCGUUACAAGCCACGUGCCCGUUGGGAGUGGAUGACGCCACUCGUUGUGAAGUCGAACAUCGGAUCUGUGUAGAGGACGCGGCGCCACGCAACGACUGCCUGGAACCUGCCUUGCGCAAGGCUUGGGCUUACCUGCGCUACGUCUGUCUCCCACUGUUUCUGUCGUCACAGAGCUACGUGCAACUGAUAUCCGAGCUGAUGCGUGCGUCCAGAGCGAACUCUAGUCCUGCGUCGUCAGUGACUGAUGUCAGCGUGGAGUCGCGCGGAAGGUACGACCCUGACCUCAUCUGGCGACAGAGGAACCAGAAUAGGGGCUUGAGCAUCGGACGAAUAGACCAACUGGGAAGGUUUGAAACAGACAUCGAACCUGAGCCAGAUAAAAAAUCAGAGUCAAGAAUCACUAGAGUGGUGAAGAAACUGGUGAACAAGGAUGAACAAAAGCAAUACGUCAGGACUUUGGCAAGUGCGCAAGAGGAGAUGGCGUGGAGAGUUGCGGAGAUGAUCGUGAAGGAUGUGACAAACCUGACCAUGGGCGGACACACGGAAGACGAGGAGACGUGACAUGAUCUGCCUCUCGCACGCACCCUCUAGUCCUUAGACUACACGUAACUCUGUCUACCGACAAUCUGUGUGCCGGCUCAUCCAACAGUCACUCCCGAACUUGUACUGGUUCCAUGUCUUCAAUAUUUUACGGUUAUUUUUGGUGGUUAUCUCGCACGUUUCAUUGAACAUUAAUUACAUCGAGUUGUUUAUGUUGAGCGCAAUUAAGUUGAAAUUGACUCUGAGUUGAUACUGAUGAAAAAUAAUAGCAUUAAAUUUUACUUACUAAACACAGUUGUUAUGUGUUUAAAUUAUUUUAUCUGUUUGAAUAAGGUGGAUGUACUAAUACCAAAAACAUAUGGUAUAAUAUUACUUUUGGUAGUGGAGAUUCUGAGAUUUUCUUAUAUUGUUUAAAAUAAUUUAUUUGUGAUUUAUUUUAUGUUAUGCCCACUUAAAACACUAUGAAAUUAAUAAAUGCAAAUGUAGUGUCAAACUAAUUAUAUAAGAUCCCAUCCAUUAGAUAAGGUUAAUUUUAUUCCAAAUCCGAGAAAAAAUGAGUUGGACUUAAUAUUUUUGAUAGAAAGCUAUUUUUU